AUGGGUGAUAGAAGCAGGCGUAGCAGGGCAAUGGAGAUGGCACAAUACCAAGCAAGGCUUGACAUUGAGGAUUUAGAACUGAUCAACGUCGAAGCUGAACUUGUAAACUCGUUUAUGCAAUAUGAGCACCAUGGCGAAUCUAGCCAUCGUGGUUCUGUCACGGGACGUUCAUUCGUGCAGCAUGAUAGAAAAGAGUAUCAUGACCAAAUGAUGAAAGAUUAUUUCAUUGAGCGGCCAAGAUUUCCUGCUCAUGAUUUUCGGAGGCGGUUUCGGAUGAGGAGAGAGCUUUUUGAAGGCAUCUUGAACGCAGUUGUCAAUCAUGACCACUACUUUGCAAGGAAGAUAGAUGUCGUAGGCCGACAAAGUCUAUCACCUUAUCAAAAGCUCACAUCUGCAUUUCGAAUGCUAGCUAAUGGGUGCUCUACUGACUCAACUGACGAAUAUUGCCGACUUGCGGAGAGUACUGCUAUUAAGAACCUGAAUCGCUUCUGUCAAGCAAUUCAAGCCAUAUAUGGAGCCACAUACCUCCGCAAGCCAACUCGUGAAGACUUGAAAAGGCUUCUACGCAAGGCAGACAAAAAAGGCUUCCCGGGCAUGAUAGGAAGUCUCGAUUGUAUGCAUUGGGAGUUGAAGAAUUGUCCUACUAGUUGGGCUGGCCAAUUCAAGGGCCGUCAUAACAAGCCAACCAUCAUGUUGGAGGCUGUGGCAUCUUACGACACAUGGAUUUGGCAUGCAUUCUUCGACUCUCCCGGAUCAAACAACGAUAUCAACGUUCUUUGGUCUUCUCCUCUGUUCGAUGAGGUUGUAAAUGGAUGGGCACCAGAAUUUCGAUACAAGGUAAAUGGUAAUAUGUAUGAGCUAGGUUACUACCUAACUAAUGUGGAAGAUGAGUACAUCGAAUUUGAAGAAGAUUCAGACGAAGAUGUGAAUGAUGACCAACCAACACAUGCGAGAGCUAUUGCAAGAGAUGUUGAAUAUCUCGCUCCAACCACAUAUGAGACCCGACAUGAUAGGAUCACCUUGGGUGAGUAUAUGAGACGUUUAAAUAGAAUUCAAGCUCUUCAAAUUCAUGACACACUCCGCAAGGAUUUGGUUGAGCAUGUGUGGCGUUGA